ACAGUCUUUGUCCACCAGGGGGUAUUGAACUAAAGUGGCACUAUGAUGCUGAGACUGAUUCUCCACUUCAGGUUUGUCAGAGACACUGGGCGGGUCUACUGUCGGACGCUAAGGAUGCUUGAGGAUCCAUUAUCAACAAUCUUCACUUUAUUUCAAAUAUAACAGUGUUUUAUUUAACGAAUCAGUAUCGUUUCAGUUGGCUUUUACAGGAUUCUCAAUGAGGGCGGCAGAAGGACAGUGGAAAUAGUCGUCUUUGUCUGAUAAAACCCAAUCGUUUGCCAGUGUACAGCAAUACAGCGCGGCUAAUGUCUAAUUUUCUUAAAACAUCAGGUCAUUGCGACAGCUUUAUCUUGCUAUUUGACGGUUUUUAAACAAGCUUGACGGGCCCUUUCUAACGGUGGAUUCUUAAAGCGUAUCUUAAAGGCUUUGUCAGUGCUCUGACGUCAUUUGUGUUUAUUUUUUCUGAUAUUAGCUGGGUAUUGUGGUUUGGGGUAAACGAUCACUGCUGAUGAUUUAAACUGUUUCCCACGCGUUAGACAUUAAUGUUUUGCUUGGUAAUGAGUUAACGGCAAACAUUUCUUUGUCACAGCUGAAAGACAAAGAAAAAUCAGAACUGUUGUUAUAACAGAGAAACAGCUGGUAGAUGUUUUUAUCUCCCGUCGUUUAUCUCAGCAAGAUUUGCCGUUAUUUCUCGAUGUUUAGCACCGACAGACUCACAGUUCCUGAAUAUGUCAGUAACCGGCUACACAACCGGAGGACAAGCUCUGGGCCCAGGGCUGUAUCUCCGGGUAUCAGCACCGACGUUCAGGUCGUGUUGGACGGGUCUCUGCCCGCCCUGCGCUCCGCAAUCAAAACGCUAAAGUCGUCAAAAGACACUGGAGAUUUGGAGGAGACCCGCCGGGCCAUUGCUGAGACUUUCCAGCUGGUUGAGGAGGCCUGGGUUCUGCCCACAGUGGGCCGACAGGUAGCAGAGGAGAUCUGCAACAGGAUCCGGCUGGAUGGGGGUCUGGAGCUGCUCUUGCAACUGCUGCAGAUACCUGCUGUGGAAAUCACAUACGAGUCUGCCAAGCUCCUUGAGCAGAUUUUGGUCUCAGAAAACAGGGAUUAUGUAGCACGAAUGGGGCUUGGGGUCAUCCUGAACCUGACCCGUGAGCAGGAUGAUGCCCAGUUGGCACGGAGUGUGUCGGGCAUCCUUGAGCACAUGUUUAAACACACAGAGGAGACAUCUGCGCAGCUCAUCACUAACGGAGCACUGGACACCCUCCUGUACUGGUGCCGUGGUACAGACCCAACUGUACUGCGGCACUGCGCCGUGGGCCUGGCAAACUGUGCCAUGUAUGGUGGGCACCGCUGCCAGCGCUUGAUGAUCGAAAAACAGGCGGCCGAAUGGCUGUUCCCACUGGCAUUCUCCAAAGAGGACGAGCUGAUCCGGUUCUAUGCCUGUCUGGCCGUAGCAGUGCUGGCAGCUAAUAGGGAGAUAGAGAAAGAAGUGGUGAAGUCUGGUACUCUGGAGCUGGUGGAGCCCUUUAUUGCCUCGUUGGACCCUGAAGAGUUUGCACGCAACCUGUUGGACAGUGCAGACAGCAUGCAAGGCCGUACAGCAGCAGACCUGCAGCACUUGCUACCGCUACUGGAUGGUACACGUCUGGAGGGGAAAUGCAUUGCUGCAUUCUAUCUGUGUGUGGAGACUAGUAUUAAGUCCCGUCAACGUAAUACCAAGAUAUUUCAGGAGAUUGGAGCUGUUCAGAGUCUUAAGAGGAUCGUCAUGUACUCCAGUAACGCCACCGUCUGCUCUCUGGCUAAACGGGCCUUAACAAUGAUGAGCGAGGACGUCCCGAGGCGUAUCCUUUCAUCUGUACCCAACUGGAAGAGCGGAGAGGUGCAGACCUGGCUACAGCAGAUUGGCUUCAGUGUAUUCAGUGAACGGUUUCUGGAACUGCAGGUGGAUGGAGAUCUACUGCUCAAUAUCACAGAACAGGAUCUGAUCCAGGAUCUGGGCAUGGCUUCUGGACUCACUCGCAAGAGGUUUCUUCGAGAUCUGCGUGUACUGAAAACCUAUGCCAACUACUCCACAUGUGACCCCAAUAACCUGGCAGACUGGCUGGCUGAUAUAGACCCACGAUUCCGUCAGUACACCUACAGCUUGGUUCAGUCAGGAGUUGAUCGGAACAAUAUGGUCCACAUUACAGACCAACAGCUGCUGUCUGAUUGCCAUGUAGAGAAUGGAAUCCAUCGUGCCAAGAUCCUUUCUUCUGCCCGCCGCCCUGUUAAACCCUGCUUAACCGAUUCCCAACCUGUGGGCCCUGACGUGUUCAUCAGCUACCGUCGCACCACGGGUUCACAGCUUGCCAGCCUACUGAAGGUGCAUCUACAGUUGCGUGGUUUCAGCGUCUUCAUCGAUGUGGAGAAACUGGAAGCCGGCAGGUUCGAGGAGAAGCUGAUCACGAGUGUACAGCGAGCACGCAACUUCAUUUUGGUGCUGUCAGCCAACGCGCUAGACAAAUGCAUGGGUGACGUGGCUAUGAAAGACUGGGUUCAUAAGGAGAUCGUCACCGCUCUGAAUGGAAAAAAGAACAUUGUUCCUGUCACUGAUAACUUUGUGUGGCCCAAUCCAGCCUCUCUGCCAGAGGACAUGAGCAGCAUUCUCAAAUUUAAUGGCAUUAAGUGGUCCCACGAGUAUCAAGAAGCCACUAUCGAAAAGAUUCUGCGCUUCCUUGGGGGAUGCCCAAGCCAAGAGCAACCAGACGGAGCAAAAACAGACAAAAAAGAACCACAAAAGAAACAAAAACACACAUCUGACCAAUAAAAUAAUGGCUUCCAAUAAUGGCUGCCAUAUAACCAAAACACACCUGAUAACUCCUCAGAGGCCUGUGUUUCCUUCGGUCAUAUGCAUGUAGCUGGCCUAGAUAGAUACAUAACUGUAACCUACCUGAAGAUGCAACGGAACUUAAAAGGUGUGGUCACAUUAGCAAAAUUUUGCCAAUUAUUUACAGGGGAAAAAAGUCCAUCUUGUCAAUUGAGGCAAUAUAUCUACAUUUGAAGUCAAAACGUUACAUACACCUUGCAGAAUCUGCAAAAUGUUCAUUAUUAGGGAUUACACAAAAUACAUGUUAUUUUUCAUUUAUUACUGACCUGAAUAAGAUAUUUCACAUUACGUUUACAUAUAGUUCACAACAGAAAAUAUAUAGUUGAAUUUAUAAAAAUGACCCUGUUCAAAAGUAUUCAUACACCUGGGGGAUGAACACUUUUUGAAUUUGAAGAGUAAAUGUAACUUAUUUUGUCCUUUGGUGAACAUGUAGCUUCUGAAGUUUCUGAAAGGCAGUGCUAAAUGAAAAAAUAAGAAAUUUAGACGAAAUUAUCCUCAUUCCGUUCAAAAGUUUUCACCCCCUGGCUCUUAAUGCAUCGUUUUUCCUUCUGAAGCAUCAGUGAUUGAGCCUUCUGUAAUAGUUGCAUAUGAGUCCCUCAGUUGUCCUCAGUGUGAAAAGAUGGAUCUCAAAAUCAUACAGUCAUUGUUGGAAAGGGUUCAAAUACACGAAAAUGCUGAAAAACCAAAGAAUCUGUGGGAGACUUUUCUGAAGAACAACACACAAAGGACAGUUUAACUGUUUAGGACAAACAAGGGACUCAUGAACAACUAUCACUAAACAAAAAAACACAGCUGUGGAUCAUUCAGGUAACAACACAGUUUUAAGAAUCAAGUGUAUGUAAACUUUUGAACAGUGUCAUUCCUAUAAAUUCAACUAUUUUCUCUUGUGGACUAGGUGUAAAUGUCUUUCAUGUGAAAUAUCAGUUUCAGGUCAGUACUGAAUAAAAAAUAACAUACAUUUUGUAUGAUUCCUCUUAUUUUGGUAAAAUAACAUUUUGCAGAUUCUGCAAGGUGUAUGUAAACUUUUGACUGAAACUGUAAAGCUUUCUGUUGGUCAGGGUGGUGAUUUUGUGUGACCAACUUGAACCUGUUCUGUAUGGGGAAAUCUGUCUCCCUCAUGAAUUUUGCAAUCACAUGGUUUCCUAUACACUGGAUUUAGCUUGCAAAAUUUGCAAAAGUGACUGUGACCGCAUCUUAAGGAUUAUUCUGAGUUAUUUACAGCUUUAUGUAAACACCAUUUGUGGCUAUAAAUAACACUGAAUAUUCCUCAAUUGUGCUGUAGUAAUGAAACUUGCUAUGAACUGUGCUCCAAAAAUUAUCUCAGGAAGUUCGAUUUCUGCAUUAUCAAUCGUAUUUAUGACAUCAGCAUAAAUCUAAGCAUAGUCAAUCCACAGUCAGAUAAUACUAGAUAAUCUUGCAUUAUAGCAUCAUCAGUUACACUAUUGCAAGAAGGCCUUAUGAAACGUUAAACAUUAAACUUUAAACCAGUUUGUUACAAAAGCAUUAAAAAAUCUGUACUUCAUGAAAAAUAGUUUAUCUUAGUUCAGUUAGUUUAUCAACAAAUAGUCAAUCCUUCUUUCUAACUACAGGUGUGUGCAGUUUAAGUUCUGAAAUUAUGUACAUUGAAUCAUUCAAGGCAAAUUAAUCUUUCACCUCUAAAAAUAUAUCAGCAGUUCAUAAAGCUCAAGAUUAUUAAUUACGGUUAUUAAUCACCUCAUGCAGUAUUAGAAAAACACCCUGAUGGAGGACUGGUGUAGAGUCCUACUUAGGAUUUGUGAGAAUAUUAUGCUGCAGUUUAGAGUCAAUGAUACAUUUACAGUCACUGUGAAGAUGUAAUCGGUCAAGGAAAAUGCUAAUGAACACUUACUGACACCUCUUAACACCUCAAGCUUUAUCCUGCAACUGAGCUCCCUACUGUUGCCUUAUGAUGUUUGUCUGAGUGUCUUUCAGGUGUAACACAACGUGUACAAUCUGUAUAAUUAAAUCAUGAAAUUUUCUUUUUUCAGAAAUAAACAGCAAUAAAAGCUUGUUUCAGUUUAUUCUGGUUUAUUCUGGUAGUCCACAGUUUUGUUAAACGCAAAAAAAUGCUGCAUUGUAGGCAAACGUACUUGCACAAAACUGCUGAGACAA